AUGAAGGCUUCACUACUCCUAUCUCUCCUCCCCGUCGCCCAAGCCGCCGUCAUUGACACACGUCAAUCCAAGACAGGUGAUGGCAAGCAAGGCGACACCGACGCCACUCAAGGAGAUCUCAGCCAAAGGCCACCGCCUCGCUUCCCCUUUCCCAUUACCAAGUUCCCCGUUGCCAAGGAGACAGUCGUUCUCAAGAAUGCCAAGUACAUCAUGCCGGGUGAGGUCUUCGAUGGCAAGAUGAAACGCUAUGAACGACCUGAAGGAAGCUGUAACGAACAGGCUGAAGGUACUGAUGCUGAUGCUGUGUUCAACUUGUUACCUGGUUCGACUAUUCGAAAUGUCAUCAUUGGAAAGAACCAGGCCGAGGGUAUUCAUGCUUUGGGUGAUGCCUGGGUUGAGAAUGUUUGGUGGGAGGACGUUUGUGAAGAUGCUCUCACAUCGAAGGGCCUGAACACCCAGUUGAGGGUCAUUGGCGGUGGAGCCCGAAGCGCAACGGACAAGAUCUUCCAAGAUAACUCGCUUGGUGGCAAGUACAACAUCACCGGCUUCUACGCCGAAGGGUUUGGAACAUUCUACCAGUCCUGCGGCAACUGCCUCAACCAAGCCAAGCGAAACGCCACAAUCCAGAACGUGAUUGCCGUUGACGGUCUCAGAAUGGGCAUCAUCAACCCCAACUACGGUGAUGAGUUCCGUCUCAAGAAUGCUCAGAUCGACAACGUCACCAGCAUUGUUGACAAGGAAAUCGGCAACAACGUGCAGACUGUUCCAUACUAUAUCGGAAACGGACCCGAUGAGAAGUACGCUUUGUAUAAUGAGACGAGGGAUAACAUCACAAAGUUUAAGGGCAAAGUUACAAAUGCUUAUGAGCCUGAGGAUCCUUAUGAGUGGCUUGAGGAGUUCUGGCCUGAGGGUUUUAACUAA